CCAGAAUGCCGAACUGGGGAGGAGGCAAGAAAUGUGGGGUGUGCCAGAAGACAGUCUACUUUGCUGAAGAGGUUCAGUGUGAAGGGAACAGCUUCCAUAAAUCCUGUUUCCUGUGCAUGGUGUGCAAGAAGAACCUGGACAGCACCACAGUGGCUGUGCAUGGCGAGGAAAUCUACUGCAAGUCCUGCUAUGGCAAGAAGUAUGGGCCCAAGGGCUAUGGCUAUGGCCAGGGCGCUGGCACUCUGAGCACUGACAAGGGAGAGUCACUGGGCAUCAAGCAUGAGGAGAAUCCUGGCCACAGGCCCACUACCAACCCCAAUGCAUCCAAGUUUGCCCAGAAGGUCGGUGGUUCCGAGCGCUGUCCCCGGUGCAGCCAAGUGGUCUAUGCCGCCGAGAAGGUGAUUGGAGCAGGGAAGUCCUGGCAUAAGUCCUGCUUCCGUUGUGCCAAGUGUGGCAAAAGCCUGGAGUCGACCACUCUGGCUGACAAGGAGGGCGAGAUCUAUUGCAAAGGAUGCUACGCCAAAAACUUCGGGCCCAAGGGCUUUGGCUUUGGACAAGGGGCUGGAGCCUUGGUCCACUCGGAGUGAGCGCCCGGCCAGCUGCCCCACUCCUGUGCUUCCUCCCAGCAGCCUUUUCGACCUCCAGGCCCCACCUCUGCCUCCCUGCCUUGCUGCUCUCACUAACCCCCUAAACCCAGCUGGCUCCCUUGGCUGUAGGUCUGCAGAUGGCCCGGGAUCUGCACCCUCACCCACUGGAAACACCAGUGUUCUGAGUCUGGGUGGGCCCUGUGCCUUCUCCUCAUCCAAACCCACCCAGCUUCUUGCAGUGGUUUUCAAUCCCCAGUCAAGGACCCAUGUGGGUGCCUAGUGUCAACAGGUUUUAUUAUUCCACCUUUAUUUAGGCCGAGUAUCCAGGGUCAAUUCACUAGGAUCCCUGAGCCCACAAAUUAGCACACAGAGGAGAAGCUGAGCCUAGUGGUAUGGGUGCAAGGCAGGGGAAGCUGUGGUUUGUGGGAUCCAGACCCCCACCGCAUGGGCUUGUUGCUGCCCUGAGCAUGGGGAGGUGGUGGUGGGUGAUUUAGGAAAUU